GGUACUUCCAGAAACUUUUAAUGGCACCGUGAUUACCCAGAAAGCUCUGCGCAGUAAUGUUCGCUGAAACACCGAUCGAACACACAGGCUGUUCCCGAAUAUCGCGCAUGCGCGCAGUACACAAUGGCCUCGGGAAUUCGGCUCCAGGUAAGAGAUAUUCCCCGGCUGCGGGAGGGGGUUUUCAACACCGAAUUCGGGACAAUUGCUGUGAGCUCCGGACACCGUGGCCCGUAAUCCCGGGACAGUCCUGUUCUCUUCCCCCUCUCUCAGCCCCACGACCCGUACACGGGCACCGGGGAGCUUCCGGCUGAUGAGGGAAUGGGAACCGGUGAAUCUCUCAGACAGAGCUGAGCUCCAGCUAUCCAAAUGCAAGGAUUGGGAACUCGGAGAAAGGGAACAAAAUCUUUUACAUCAGCAGGUUAAACAUGACGGAAUGUGGGAAUCUCGAACACAGCACGCCAGUUUUGCUGUCUCUGUCUAGAUAUUUAAGAAGUGGAGCAAGGUAUUCAACUGACCAUCCUUCCUGCUCAGACUGUGGGGAGGGAUUCACUUGGAUCAUCUGACUGACUGGCAUGCCCGUCAUUUUACAGAGCAGAGAGGCCGUUCACCUUCUCAGACAGUGGGAAUGGAUUCACUCAGUCAUCUCAACUGAGGGUACAUCAGCAGGUUCACACUGGGACAAGACCAUUCAUCUGUUCUGUGUGUGAGAAGGGAUUCAGUUGGUCUUCCCACCUGUGGACACACCAGUCAGUUCACACUGGGCAGAGGCUGUUCAUCUGCUGAAUUUGUGGGGAAGGAUUCACUCGGUCAUCUGACCUAAUGGCUCACAAGCGAGUCCACACGGGGGAGGGGCCAUUCACCUGCUCGGACUGUGGGAAGGGAUUCACUCAGUCAUCUCAGCUACUGAUACAUCUGUCAGUUCACGCUGCAGAGAGGGAUUUCACCUGCUCAGACUGUGGGAAGAGAUUCCCUCACUUUUCCACCCUGCAGAGACAUCAGCGAGUUCACACUGGGGAGAGGCUGUUCAUCUGCUCAGUCUGUGGGAAGAGAUUCUCUCGGUCAUCCCACCUACAGAGUCAUCAGCGAGUUCACACUGGGGAGAAGCCGUUCACCUGCUCAGACUGUGGGAAGGGAUUCACUCGAUCAUCCAACCUACAGAGACACCAGCGAGUUCACACUGGGGAGAGGCUGUUCAUCUGCUCGGUCUGUGGGAAGAGAUUCUCUCGGUCAUCCCACCUGCAGAGUCAUCAGCGAGUUCACACUGGGGAGAAGCUGUUCACCUGCUCAGACUGUGGGAAGGGAUUCACUCGAUUAUCCAACGUACAGAGACACCAGCAAGUUCACACUGGGGAGAAGCCGUUCACCUGCUCAGACUGUGGAAAGCGAUUCACUGAAUCAUCCACCCUAUUGGCACACCAGUCACUUCACACUGGGGAGUGGCGGUUCCCCUGCUCAGAAUGUGGGAAAGGAUUCAGUCAGUCUUCCAAACUACUGGCACACCAGUCAGUUCACACUGGGGAGUGGCCAUUCACCUGCCCUGAAUGUGGGAAGGGAUUCACUUGGUCAUCCAAAUUACUGGCACACCAGCGAGUUCACACUGGGGAGAGGCCGUUCACCUGCUCAGAUUGUGGGAAAGGAUUCACUCGCUCAUCUGACCUGAUGGCUCACCGGCGAGUUCACACUGGAGAGAGGCCGUUCACCUGCUCAGAAUGUGGGAAGGGAUUCACUCGUUCAUCCACCCUACAGAGUCACCAGCGAGUUCACACAGGGGACAGGCCAUUCACCUGCUCAGUCUGUGGGAAGGGAUUCACUUUGUCAUCUCAGCUACUGAGACACCAGUCAGUUCACACCAGGGAGUGGCCAUUCAACUGUUCAGACUGUGGAAAGGGUUUCACUUGGUCACCCGACCUACUGGCACACCAGUCAGUUCACACAGGGGAGAGGCCAUUCACCUGUUCAGUCUGUGGGAAGAGAUUCACUCGGUCAUCCGACCUACAGAGUCAUCAGCGAGUUCACACUGGGGAGAAGCCGUUCACCUGCUCAGAAUGUGGAAAGGGAUUCACUCAGUCAUCCAACCUACAGAGUCAUCACCGAGUUCACACUGGGGAGAAGCCGUUUACCUGCUCAGACUGUGGGAAGAGAUUCUCUCAUUCAUUUCACGUACUGACCCACCAGCGAGUUCACACUGGAGAGAGGCCGUUCACUUGCUCAGAAUGUGGGAAGGGAUUCACUCAGUCAUCCACCCUACUGAGUCACCAGCGACUUCACACUGGGGAGAGGCCGUUCACCUGCUCAGAAUGUGGGAAGAGAUUCACUCGAUCAUCCGACCUACUGAGUCACCAGCGAGUUCACACUGGAGAGAAGCCGUUCACCUGUUCAGAAUGUGCAAAGCGAUUCACUCGAUCAUCUGAUUUACAGAGUCAUCAGCGAGUUCACACCGGAGAGAAGCCGUUUACCUGCUCAGAAUGUGGGAAGAGAUUCACUCAUUCAUCCACCCUACAGCGUCACCUGCGAGUUCACACUGGGGAGAAGCCGUUCAUCUGCUCAGUCUGUGGGAAGAGAUUCACUCGAUCAUCCACCCUGCAGAGUCAUCAGCUAGUUCACACUGGGGAGGGGCUGUUCACCUGCUCAGACUGUGGGAAAGGAUUCAGUCAGUCAUCCCAACUACUGGCACACCAGUCAGUUCACACUGGGGAGCGGGCAUUGAUAUGAAUCUCGAGGUUUCAUUUCCUGUGGACUGUCAUUUUAAGAGAGAGGGAGAGAUUAAGAAGGCGAAUCAGUCUGACUUGCAGCUUGUUUACAUUGCUCACAGCUUGCUUAUUUUUAACCGAGGACACAGACACUCAGUCAGAUGGAGACAAAGGAGAAAAAAUGGAAGGAUCGAAAGAAGGGAACUAGUGGUCAAGGGUCACUGUUUAGAACUUUCCUAUGCCCACAAGGGUGGGUUAGUUAUUGAUUCAGCGAACAUCAAAUGUGUGGUAACACACAUCAAAGUUGCUGGUGAACGCAGCAGGCCAAGCAGCAUCUAUAGGAAGAAGCGCAGUCGACGUUUCAGUCCGAGACCAAAUGUUAUCACCUCAUUUGAUCCAUCGGAGUGGAUCGGAUUUGUGAAGACCACUUAUGUCUUAUGUGCCUGGGUAUGGUCUGGUAAUUCACUUGACCAUGAUACCCCUUGUGACAAGUCCCUUUCGGUGAUAAUUCGUAUGUGGAUUUAGAACGACAACGGAUAAAAUCUACAGCGACUGUUCUCUUGUUUUACCACCAUGGAACCUAUGGAAUUUGACAUAAUUGCCUUGUCUCGACAUUUACCCUGGAUUACAAAUAUCUGUCUCAUCAACUAUUCCAUGGAUGAACUGAACUUUCAUACUUUACCAUCUCAAGCCUCUAAGCUCAAUAGUUUGGGAGUUAUAUUUAAAUAUAUAUAUAUAUAUAUACACACACACGUAACACUGUUCAAUUUUGUUUAUCUUGUUUUAGUUACUAUCUUAUAAGUAGAUACUAAUAAAGAUAGUGAUUUUAACAUCAAAACCAGACUCCGGGUGUAGUCUAUUGCUGCUGGUUCGUUUCUAAAGCGUUACGGUUCGUAACAAAAUUGGGGCCUGCGUCUGGGAUAUGAACAAAUGUGGGGGCAUAUUGAUUGAUUAAUUAUCAAUUUCAUUGGGAAAUCCCUUUUGAUUUAUUUGUGUGUGAAAAAUCAGCAGCAAUGGAUAUUGAUAGAUUUCUGGAAGCGCCAACCUCUGAAGCAUUAGAGGAUGCCAGAAGGAUUGAGUUGUUGAGUAUUGCUAAAAGGUUAAAACUUGGAAAGGUGAAAUUGACAAUGAGGAGGUCACAGAUGCAGAGGAUAAUAACUGAGCAUUGUGUAUCCGAGGGUGUGUUUAAAGUGGAGGAGUUGGAGGUGUUUCCUGAAAGUAAGCCCACUGAGCUUGAGCUCCAGAACAAGUUAGAAAAAUUAAAGAUGGAGGCUGCAGAAAGGCAGAGGCAGUUUGAGGCUAGAGAGGCAGAAAAACAGAGGGAGGAAGCAAAAAGACAGAGGCUGUUUGAGCUGGAAAAGAUAGAGAGAUUGCUGCAAAGGGGUCUAGUGUUACACUCUGGUGAUAAGUUUGAGUCCAGUCAGGAAGUUAAAUUGGUACCUCCAUUUGAUGAGGCAGAGGUUGAUAAAUACUUCCAGCAUUUUGAGAAGUUUGCUCAGAGUUUAAAGUGACCAAAAGCGGGUUGGCCAAUUCUCUGACAAAGUGUAAUUAAGGGGAAGGCUCAGCGAGCCUAUUCUGCCUUGACAGUUGAUGAAGCAGCUGAUUAUGACAUUGUGAAACAGGCUGUGCUGAAAGCUUACAAGUUGGUCCCAGAAGCAUACAGGCAAAGGUUUAGAAAUUUAAGAAAAUUGUUGUAUGGAAUUUGCUUAUGAGAAGUUUGUGUGUUUUGAACGCCGGCACACAUAUGAAAAUGUAAAUGAUGAUUUUAACAGCUUGAAAGAGUUGGUUUUAAUUGAAGAAUUCAAAAGGUGCAUCCCUGAUGACAUGAAGACAUAUUUAGAUGAAAAGGAUGCUGCCACUUUUCAAUAGUCUGCUAGAUUAGAAGAUGAGUUUGCUUUAACUCGUAAGGUUCAGUUUACCUGGAAUAAGAGCUUCCAAAAGAGUAGCAGGAAUAACCAGGGUAAACCAGAAGUUAAAGCUGGGAUUAGUAACAGGAGUAAGGAUGAAGGGAAGCAGUUGAAGGAGAAAUAUUCUGAUCUUUCUUGUUACUAUUGUAAGAAAGCUGGUCAUAUGAUGGCUAAUUAUUCCAUCCUGAAGAAGAAAAAGGAAAAGGAGGCCAUCCGAAAUGCCUGUGAUCUAUAUGUUGAAGCACAUAUAAACCCACAGGGUUCUGAACAUUCUGUUGAGGCUUAGUUAAGGACUGAGAGGUCUGACCGAGUUAAGAAGGGAUUCGAUCAUUUUAUGUCAGAUGGGUUUGUAUUAGUAAAGGAAGGGUCAACCCCAGUACCAGUGAAAAUUCUUCGAGAUACUGGGCUUCUCAGUCAGUUACGUUAGACAGCGUUCUAAAGUUGGGUGAUGAGACUAACAUUGGUGAGGUAAAUCUUAUUAAAGGCAUUGGGGGUGGCAUGGUUUCUGUGCCAUUGCACAGGGUAACUUUACAGUCAGGUUUGGUUUCAGGACCUGUUAAAUUCAGAUUAUCUUCCAGUUUACUGGUGGAAGAUGUUACUUUGCUGUUAGGGAAUGUCCUGGCAGAUGGUAAAGUUGUUCCUGCAGUGCAGUUGACAACUAAGCCAACCACUGACGACCCACAGAUGGAUUUUAACAUUUAUCCUUCCUGUGCAGUAACUCGAAGUAUGGCUAAAAAGUCUGCCAAUGGAGACGGUUCUGUGCAGCAUGAUUCUGGUACCUAUGACAGCCAAAAUCGGGAUCAGGUUAUGAUGACUUGUAAGGGUCUUUUCUGCCUUCAUUGUUUCAACAGGAUUCAGGUACUAAGUCUGAUGAGAAGGAUUUAUCCCUGUCUUGGAAGGAGUUUAUAGCAGAACAGAAUUGAGACCCUGAGAUUGAACCUUUAAAAGAAACAGCUGUCUCAGAUGAUGCGAAUAAGAAAGUGCCAGUCGGGUAUUAUCUCAAGGAUGGAGUGUUAAUGAGGAAGUAGAGGCCACCUGCUAUACCUGUGAGUGAGGAAUGGGCAAUUGUUCACCAAGUUGUAGUCCCUAAAGUAUAUAGGACUGAAAUUUUAACUUUCCCCCACAGUAUGCCCUUAGGUGGCCAUUGAGAACCUAGAACAGUUGAGGCCCUGUGGCACACAAUGUUGUGCCGACCCUUAAACCCUGCCUCCCAUAUAACCCCCCACCUUAAAUUCCUCCAUAUACCUGUCUAGUAGCCUCUUAAACAUCACCAGUGUAUCUGCCUCCACCACUGACUCAAGCAGUGCAUUCCUCGCACCAACGACUCUCUGAGUAAAAAACCUUCCUCUAAUAUCCCCCUUGAACUUCCCACCCCUUACCUUAAAACCAUGUCCUCUUGUAUUGAGCAGUGGUGCCCUGGGGAAGAGGCGCUGGCUGUCCACUCCAUCUAUUCCUCUUAAUAUCUUGUAUAUUUUGGAGUGAAUAAAACUGUAAGCAGGAUUAUGAAAGAAUUUUACUGGCCUAAUUUGAGGAAAGAUGUUGUGACCUAUUGCAGAACCUGUUACACUUGUCAAGCUGUGGGUAAACCCAAUUAGUUCACCCCAGUGGCCCCACUCCGGCCUAUACCUGCUUUCAGUGAACCCUUUUCCAAAGCUAUAGUAGAUUGUGCUGGCCCAUUGCCAAAGACUAAAGCUGGCCAUCAGUACUUGCUAACUGUUAUGUGCACUGCAUCCAGAUUCCCAGAAGCAAUACCUCUCAGAAAUAUUAAAGCUAAAACUGUGGGGAGGGCUCUUAUCAGUUUUUUUUUACUUUAUUUGCUUUGCCUAGAGAAAUCCAGUCUGAUCAACGAAGUAAUUUUACAUCUGGAUUGUUCCAGCAGGUAGUUUAUGAACUGGGAACUAAAAAAAUUACAUCGUCUGCGUACCAUCCAGAAUUGCAAAGGGCUUUGGAAAGAUUUCAUUCUACCCUCAAAACAAAGAUUAAGACAUACUGUGCAGAAAAUGGAAAAGACUUGGAUGAAGGCAAACUGUCUUUUUUGCUUUUGUUCACAAUAAGUGUCUCGGUACAGGAAAGACUGGGCAUAGUCCAUUUGAACUUAUAUUUGGUCAUCGAGUGAGGGGAACUUUGACCUUGUUAAAGGAACAAUGGACUGAUGGGGAUGUACAUGUUAACCUGUUAGACUAUGUUUUGAAGUUCAAAAAUAAACUACACCAAGCCUGUAGUCCAGCGAGACAAAACUUAAAGAUUUCUCAAAAUAAAAUGAAGUGUUGGUUUGAUAAGCUGGCUUGCAAAAGAAAAUGUCAGGUGGGGGAUAACGUGCUGGCCUUAUUUCCAAUGUUGCCGAAUCCACUUCAGGCGAAAUUCAAUGGACCGUAUGAAAUAGUCUCUCAAAGUAAUGAUGUGAAUUAUGUUAUUAAAACACCUGCCCGAUGUAAACUAACACAGGUGGUACACAUAAAUAUGAUAAAGCCUUAUUUUGACAAGCAAACCAUGGUCACAGUACAUGACACAGAUAUUGGUCAAGCCAAACCAAUUAAACAACAGCCGUAUCGCUUGAACGUAGAAAAGUGUAAAUUGACUGAGCAAGAAAUUUAAUAUAUGCUGAAAAAUUAUAUUAUUAGGCCUUCAACAUCAAAUUGGAGCUCACCCUGCAUUGUUGUGCCCAAGCCUGAUGGCAGUGUUAGAUUUUCCACUGAUUAUAGGAAGGUAAAUGCAAUAACGAAAACAGAUGCCCAUCCUAUACCUAGGGUGGAUGAGUGCAUCGAUAAGGUUGCAAAAGCUCAAUUUCUUACAAAGAUUGGUCUGCUUAAAGGGUAUUGGUAUAUUCCAUGGACGGACAGAGGUAGAGAAAUUUCUGCAUUUGUGACACCUUCUAGGUGGUAUGAAUACAAUGGUUUGCCAUUUGGAAUGAAAAAUGCUCCAGGAACAUUCCAGAGAAUAAUUGAUUCUGUAAUUCGAGGGUUAGAACACACAGUUGCCUAUAUUAAUGACUUAGUCACAGGGAGUGACACUUGGGAAGAGCAUAUCUCUGCAGUAGAAAAGCUGUUUGACAGGCUUUCCCAGGCCAACCUUACAGUUAACUUAGCUAACAGUGAAAUUGGCCAUGCCACUGUGACCUAUCUUGGCUAUGUAGUAGGUCGUGGCAAGUUGGCUCCUGUUCAGGCAAUUUCUGAAGUUCCUAUUCCAACUGGUAAGAAGCCUCUUAGAAGGUUUCUGGGAAUGGUUGGAUAUUAUCAUAAGUUCUGUAAGAACUUUGUAGAUAUCGCUCUUCCUCUGACUAAUCUCCUGAAGAAGGUUGAAAAGUUUGUCUGGACCGAGCCUUGUCAGAUUGGAGCUGUGGCUGGCGACACAGUCAUGGGUAUAAAGAGAGUAAAGGAGGGGGCCAAGGAGACAACCCUGCGGGAUAUGAGUCCUGAGGGUCAGAGAGACAGAGGUGAGGGAGC